AUGGCUGAGAGUAACAAUCAACCUCAGCCAGAUUUAAGUGUAACAGUGGAUAUUUCAGGAUCAAGCACGUCAUUGCCCAAUCAAGUUUCGACUUCAGAUCCACGAGAUAUUUCAUAUUUAUCUGAUGAACGGAGAACUGAAUAUCUCAAUGUCUGUGUUCCUCUUUAUCAAGCUUCUAUGAAUGGUGACUGGGAAAAAGCUCGUCUCAUAAUUGAUCAGCACGAAGGUAUCGUCCGGGCAGCAAUAACCCGUAACUGGGAGACGACUCUUCAUAUAGCCGUUGCUGCAAAACACACAAAGUUCGUUAAGAAUCUACUUACAAAAAUGGAGAGAGAUGAUUUGGAACUGAGAAACCAGAGCAACAACACGGCUCUUUGUUUCGCUGCUGCUUCUGGGAUUAAAGAAAUAGCAAAAAUGAUGGUAGAUAUGAACCCGGAUCUUCCCCUAAUUCAAGGUAAUGAAGGACUGAUCCCGCUUCAUACGGCUGCUAUGUUUGGACACAGGGAUAUGGUUAUGUACCUUUGUAGCCAUACAAAUUUUAAAAGUUUGAGUGAGGUGCAGCUUGUAGAUCUCUUUCAUGUCAUCAUAUCUGCUGACAUUUAUGAUGUAGCUUUGCGUAUGUUGGAAAGUGACAAAGUACUAGCCACUUCUCGUAACCGUGCUCUGGAAACCGGGUUACAUCUUUUGGCUCGCAAGCCUUCUGUUAUCGGACACCGAAAACAUCUUAAUAUCUUUCAGCGGUUAGGGAAUUCAAGUAAGUUGGAUGAGUAAGUUGUUCUCAAAUAUUUAUC